GAGCCCCCCAAACACCCUUAUCGUUCUUCGCUUGUUCUUCUUCGAUGCUUCAAAUUCUAAAAAGAAGGUUGUCCAUCUUGUGCAUGAAUAGAUACUACGUAAGGAACUGACAUCCUCCGGGGCCAAUGUCAAACUUGCAGGGAAUGGCAAAACGUACCGACAGGCUUAUCCGGGGUAUCGUCCUUUUGCGCCCUGAUCCCUCGGGUUUCUCAAAUCCUGCGUUCUUCGAGGCGGCAAUUUUCAAGGCCUGCCGAUAUGUUGACUUGCACCUAGGCUUUCAGUACAUUACGCAUAAUCUUUACAGCACGCGCAACCCGUCAAUUAAUAUCUGCUCUCAUCAACUCAUCAGCCCCCUGAGGAAACGAGCUUUUUCUUGUUUUGCACGCUCUGUACUCUCGGCCACUGGCAUCUUAAUACCACAUUCUUUGCGAUCCGCGGCAGUUCAUGUUACAAGUUUUGGAGUUCUCGUUUUCACCGCGCGUCAUCCUACCACCCCUUUCUAUUCCAUUCAUCCCGGUCUCUCGGCUCACAAGGGGCGAUCUCGAUACAAUCCAACACUAUACUGCGUUAUCCUGUCCUCACAGCGGAACUAUGCGGAUCUGAGGAGAUCAAGCACUUCGAUUAGUAAAGGAACCGGACUUGAUGCAGUCCCAAUUAAUGGAACGGAAAUCGCAAACCAAACAUCACGAAUUAGCUUGAUCUUACCUCGGCAAUUUCUGCUGCUAUCUCCCCAGAAGCUGGCCACGGCCCAUCGUGUUAUGCCUUGUCGAUUCAGGGGUAUCUGGUAAAUCUCUAGAUCAUACUGCAUGAGAUGGGGUAACACUUCGACUUUUGCAUCUCAUUUUCUGUCGAACCGCUUCGAACCGCUUGUCAACUC